AUGGAAGGGCCAGGAGAAGUCCGGAGAAUGCCCCGAGGCGAAAGAUGCCCCGAAUGUGGUAGCCAGAGAUGGUACCUGCAAGAUGGGCUGAGAUUUUGCGCUCGGGGCCAUCAAAUCGAAGGGUUUAUCCAAUUUGAUCUUGGUGACAUUGAAGACUCUGGUAAAAUGGGAGCCGUAUCUCGGCGUGAAAAGGCCCCGAGAGACAGAGGGAAGAGGGCGCCUACACUGACAGGCCAGGCUGGCAGGGAUCUCUACCUUGAGGCUCUCCAAUUGAUUAUUAGAAGCCAAGUAGCAUGGCUCAUCAAUGAAAAGGGCCACAGAGAAGAGCUGGAAACUGUCGUUCGCGAUUUGUGGGAUCUGCGAAUCAGAGGGUCAAAUUCUGGUAUCGGUGACGAUGCCCAGGGAGACGACGAAGACUUGGCAGUUUUUAGCUCUCAGCCCUCUCAGGAUUCAUCGUCAUCAAAAUGGCAUCCUCAAUCCAGGAAGCAGAGCUGGGAUCCCGAGCUGGGCUUACGAUGGCCGUUGCCACGCGUUCCCGAUACACUCGCAAUCUGCUAUUUGGGCUGCGUCCUCUUGAGGAUACCAACUCACCUUGGUGAAAUCAUCCGAUGGGCCAGGAGCGGUAGCAUUUCGUACAAAAAAUGCUAUCAACAUCUGCCCCAGGAAAUGCGAGAUCGAAUGCCCGCCUCGUAUAUCAGGGUCUUGAAGCUACCAUUCCGAUCUUCUAUAGAAGGAGACGAGAUACACAGAGUCGUCAUGGACUUGGUACUCUCAUACGACUUCAACUACAGUCUUGUCUUUCCAGAGAUUAAUCACGUUCCGCAGCUGAUACAAUUUGCAAAAGAGCUUGCGCUGCCCAUCGAUGCCAUCAUCGCGGCCCGAAAGUUGGCGUCCCUCUUAGGAUAUCAAUUCCGCUUCCCGACAGAGAAGCUUUCAAACCCCAGGUUGGAUUAUCCAGAGAUACGUCUAAUGGCCCUACUCAUUGUUGCCACCAAACUAUAUUUUCCCCUUGCCGAUACUACUUCAUUAUCCCGACUUCAAAAUGCCAAUUUCCUCCAGAUACCUACACUUGACUGGGAGAGAUGGCGACAGGGCAGAAGCAACUUGCCAACACAACGCGAUACGAAGACUACCAAGUUUGACUUUAAUAAAGUCACUCCUAGCCAGGUGGUCUCUAUGGAAGAGGACGAACUUGACGCAUAUUUUGCUCACGUCUCCAGUCUCAUUGACACGACUAGCGAUAAUCCAAUUACGAAAUUCUUUCCGGUAGAAGAAUCGUCGGCUAGCACAAGCCAAUUAGAGGAUAUUUCUACCAAGGACAUAGAUGACGCCGCCAAAAAUUUACUGAAUCAAACUCUCGAAUACAAUCGAUUCAAUCCAGCCAAAUCAGAAAACACGUUGCCGUCGAUGCCAAGAUAUGAAGCGUUUCGCAAUAUUGACCACCUCUCUGAAACCGCAACAGAGCUUUAUAGAGCGGCGGGCUUGGUCGUAGGGGCCUCUCUUGAAACCAUGACAGACGCUAUUUACAGAAUUGAACGUACCAUGGUUGUCUGGCAGAAUAAAAAUCGGGCAUGA